CUUAGCAUGCGAGAGGUAGCGGGAUCGAUGCCCGCAUCCUCCACACUUUUUCGCUUUUGUAGCGGAAAUAGGCGUCCAUUUUCAAACUCGACGAGCAUUAAAAAAAGUUAAUAUAUCCUAGCAUCAUUUUAUUAUGUUUUUUACACUCACUGAUCUAUAAAAAAUAUCUAAUUUAUAUAGAUCAGUGUGUUGACACGUCUUUUUCCUGUUUACUACGUCCUUGGCGUCAAACCAACCAAUCGCUCCCCUCGAAGCUAUCGCGUGAGCCAAUCAGCUGGGUUACGUUGUAUUCGCUAGCCAAUCAGAAGACAGUGCGCUGCUCCUGUGAGUCAGACAGCCGAUGACAAGGGGUUUGUUUGGGUUAAAGAGUCGCCUAGUGAUCGCUGACGAGGAAGGAAUAAACAGCACGAUCCAGCUUCUCUCCUGCAGACCGGCACGGCAGAGGAAAUAUAGGAUUUGAUGCGUCUCGCUUGAAGGUGUGGAGAUGAAGCUGCUCGGCGCUGCUUAAACCUCCGUCUGGUCAUGGAGUUCCGCUUCGGGAAUGUGGUGUUCAGCUCGCGCUUCGACUCCGGGAACCUGGCGCGGGUGGAGCGGGUGGAGUCCGGCGCUGAUUGUGUCCUGCCGGCCAACGCUUCAGUGCAGCCGCAGCACGACUACGAGUUCAACGUCUGGACCAAACCCGACUGCGCUGCCACUGAGUUCGAGAACGGCAACCGGUCGUGGUUCUACUUCAGCGUGCGAGGGAUGUCACCGGGCAAACUCCUGAAGAUCAACAUGAUGAACAUGAACAAGCAGAGCAAGCUGUACUCGCAGGGCAUGGCUCCGCUGGUGCGCACGCCGCCCGUGAGGACGCGCUGGGAGAGGGUUCGGGACCGGCCCACGUUUGAGAUGUCGGACAGUCAGUUCAUCCUGUCGUUUGUCCACCGUCUGCUGGACGUGCGAGGCGUCACCACGUACUUCUCCUUCUGUUACCCGUUCUCCUACAGCGAGUGUCAGGACAUGAUGCUGCAGCUCGAGCAGAAGUUCCUGAGCGCCACACACACACACACACACACACACACGCUGGGGGCCUGCAGUCCGGCGGAGAGUGUGUACUUCCACCGCGAGCUGCUGUGCCACUCUCUGGACGGGCACCGGGUGGACCUGAUCACGGUCUCGUCGUGUCACGGUUUGCUGGAGGAGCGAGAGCCUCGACUGGACAGACUCUUCCCGGACCUCAGCACGCCGAGGCCGCACUGCUUCACUGGCAAACGGGUGUUUUUCCUGAGCAGCCGAGUUCAUCCCGGAGAGACGCCGUCUAGCUUCGUCUUCAAUGGUUUCCUGAACUUCAUCUUGAGUCGGGAUGAUCCGCGCGCCCAGACGCUCCGCAGGAUGUUUGUCUUCAAGCUCAUUCCCAUGCUGAACCCCGACGGGGUCGUCAGGGGUCAUUACAGGACGGACUCCCGCGGUGUGAAUCUGAACAGACAGUAUGUGAACCCCAGUCCAGAUCUGCACCCCUCCAUCUACGGCGCCAAAUCUCUCCUGCUUUACCACCACAUGCACAAUCGCCUCGGCAACAACACUCCCUCCGCCCUCAAAACCUCCAACCAAUCAAACACCAGCUUUCCUGUGACCACGCCCACUGAGCUAGAGCGCUGUCUCAACCAGCGCAACGAGGCGGAGCGAGGAGACGGGCCAAUCCCGAUGCAGCUGGAGGAGAGCUGGGAGAAGGGCGGAGUCGAGAAGGAGGCGGGGCCUUGCGAUGAGAACCAGUCGACGCAGAGCAGAGGCGACGCCCCUGUAGUGGCAAGUCCCGCCCCCUCUGAGCAGAUCCCGCCCCAGGAAAGCGGAGUGGCGUAUUAUAUAGACCUGCACGGCCACGCCUCCAAGAGAGGAUGCUUCAUGUACGGCAACAACCUGACGGACGAGAGUCAACAGGUGGAGAACAUGUUGUAUCCGAAGCUGAUCUCACUAAACUGCGCCCAUUUUGAUUUCCUGGGCUGUAAUUUCUCGGAGAAGAACAUGUACGCCCGCGACAAACGCGACGGCCAGUCGAAAGAGGGCAGUGGACGUGUGGCCAUUCACAAAACCAUCGGCCUGAUCCACAGCUACACACUGGAGUGCAACUACAACACGGGGCGUUCGGUGAACACCAUCCCACCCGCCUGUCACGAUAACGGAAGAGCCACGCCCCCUCCGCCCCCUGCCUUCCCGCCCAAAUACACACCUGAGGUGUACGAACAGGUGGGGCGAGCGGUUGCCAUAGCAGCGCUGGACAUGGCGGAGUGUAACCCGUGGCCGCGGCUAGUUCUGUCUGAACACAGCAGCCUAAUGAACCUGCGGGCCUCCAUCCUCAAACACGUGAGGAACAGCAAGGGCUUCGUGUCCGACAACCGCAGAAACCCCAAAAACAACAGCCCACCUAAACCUGCCCUGAGCAUCUCCGCCUCGGAGAACUCGCUCACUCGGACGCGCAGCAUCUCGGAUGUCCAGGGACCCCGGCAGACUCCGUCUCAGAUCAAGAGUUCUCCCAGCUUCACCUUCGGCAGCUCGGCCUGCGCUCACGGCCCCGGCGCUCACCGGCCCCCGCACAGGAGCCUGGGGCCCGUCAGAGACUGUAAAGCGCAGGAGAAGAGGCGUCCGCAUCAUCAGCACCAGCGGCUCACUCUUCGCUCCAGCCUCGCUCGCCCCGCUCUCUCUCCCUCCUCCUCCUCCUCCUCCUCCUCUUCCUCCGCCUCUUCGUCCCCCGGGGGUGUGGUGGGGGCCCCGGGCCCCUGCUCCAUCAGCACGGCAGGCAACAGCUGCCCUGAGUUCCGCCCAGCCGGCCAGACUAAUGAGAUGCGUGGUGGGCGGUGCAAGACUGGCCGAUCAGGCCCCGCCCUCUCUCAGGCGUCCUAUCAGAGGACGGCGUUCACGGCACAGGAACCGUUGCGGGAAUCUCUGGACAUCCUGACGUCUAUAGAGUACAGCAGGUGUGAGCUGCAGCCUCGGCCCAGCCGUAUCCCGGUGCGGAAGGCGGUUCGGUCCGCUGUCGUCCCGCUCACGGGCCUCGACACACACAACAUGAGCGUGUGGAAACUGAUCAAACCCGACGUCAACAAACACCCGGCGGGAGUGUCUGGGAAAGACGGGUCAUCGCGUCUGGCCACCAAAUCUCUGCUGAAGAGCUCGGGAGACACUUGAGAUAAACAGGUAACACACCAUACACACAGGUUUACUAAGUCUUGAUGAUGUCGUUUCUCUACUAGAACAGGUUUUCCUGCUUGAAUGUUGAUUAUUCUCCUCAUAUUCUCCAUUGUUGCGGCUCCUCUCUUCCCAGUCUGUCAGUAACGCUCUGUUUACUUCCUGUCUCUAUGAAGCCCCUCCUCCUGAAAGCACACGGAGCUCUGAUUGGUCAUUCCCGUGUGCAUGAACACUAACUCUUAAAGCCUUUGAUCUCAACAGAUGUUUGCCUUGAGGAUCUCCACAGGAUGAUCUACAGAAGCUCCUCAUGUUUGAUACUGACUGAAAUGUGGUGCUUUCCCAGCAUUCAGCUGUUUUAACCGUCCACAAACACUAAAACAGCACCACGCUGCACAUGUGUUGUUUCUAAGGAAACCCUUUUAAGUGUGUGUGCCUUUGUUUUGUAAUUGAAUUAUGAUGUGGCAAUUUUAUUGUGUUGCUCAUUACAGUUGAGAAACCUGAUGAAGCUCCGUGUGAAAUACUGAGAAUUAAAUGCACUUCUUUGUGAACUCUAGAAAGCAAUAAAUAUAAAAUGUGUAU